AUGUCAGAGUAUAAGAUCGACACCAAACCUCUAGCCAUGGACGUCCCGCUACUGCUACAUGCGAGUGCUUCUCCACCUGAUGGCGCUGAUGCGACAACCCAAGUCCACAGAAAUGCUCCUAGAGAAGAAAACGGCUUGUCUAGAUUCUAUCCCGGGCCUAAGAAAUGUAUUGGCGCUGGAGUUCCUCGACCAUUGGUCAAGUGGACGCGCGACGACGACCACGAAUUCGAAGAAGCUUCUCGGACAUAUACGGAGGGUGGGAAGCUUCGUAUCCUACUCGACGACAUAAUGAGCGCCAUAAAGAAAGAUGGCUGUCCUGACCUUGAGCUCUGGGUCAAGUGCACCUACAACAUAUACAACGAAAACUAUGAUUGGCAAGGGCCGCUCAUGUCUCCCAAGUAUGCGGAUAAUGCCAAUGUCCAAAGAUGGCAAGUAUUGAGAUUGAUCCGGGGUUGGUACUGUGAUCUCUGGGUUCCGAAUGUCCCUUUGGACACCACGCAAAUUCGAAUUUUGAGAUUUGGAGUCGGCUUCCCGCGCACAAUCUUUAAGCGAAGCCUCGCAGAGAUUGUGGAGCAAUUCGACCUGCGCAAUGACAAAGAGGAAAAUCCUGCUUCCUCAUCUCUACUCUCACAAAGCGAAGACGAUAAAAGAGCUAGCACAAUUCAGCCCAUCCUUAUCCCAAACCCGUCCAUGGAGGCCAGGCCUGAGGCUCCUCGCGCGGCACAUGGGUACUACUUCCACCGCGACAGGUUCACGCGCGGGUCCGUCGAAUUGAUACGGCUGUCUCCGGGUCCAUCAGACCCUGAUGCUCGCAAGUACGAAUAUGGAGUGUGCCUGGAUAUCAUCUAUUAUAACGACACUUAUGUCGAACGCGUCAAUGGCCGCUUCGUGACCUUUGCGCCUAUAGAUGAUCCCUUUCACGUAGUUGAGGAGAGGCAGGAGGAGAUCAAACCUGACGAACCUCGAGACAUGAUUGAAAUCUGCAGUCUGUGGGGGCCAACCUGGUUCCCGGGCGGAUACACAUUGUAUAUCGAGUUGUGGAUCCUGCGGCGCGGCAACCUCUACAAGCUCAAACACCUCCUCUACGUGACCAGUAUCGACAGCACCACCGUGAUUAAUGACCUGAAGACUGGUGAGAGACGGAUCUCCUCCCGGGUCAGGCAAACACGUGCGCCUCAAUGCCCACCUAUCAAGGCUGGGAUGCUCAUCCCUCUGCCGUCCGCAAGUUCGGCCUCCUUGUGGCGUCAUACUAACUGUUUCGUUUGGGGACGGACUUUCGAUUUCUUGGAGCAGCUUGACAAGAACAGGCACCGUCCGCGCGCGUGUCUCCCGGGCCUCCCCACCAUCGACACCCACGAGAUCAUUCCGUUUCUGAAGGAUGCUCCAGAUUGCAUUCCGCCUCCUCGUCCGUAUCCGUCAUCGUGCGCCUCUCCUUCCUCGGCUUCGACGAAUGACGACAUUCUUGGCGAUUUCAUUGUUCUGACGCCUGGUGAUGGCGAUGGCGAUGAUUGGAACCACCAAGAUUGGUUGGUUUGA